AUGGCGUCACUGGCCUCAUCUAAGAGAAAGCACUCCAUCAGGAACAGCAGCGGGUCUGACGCUCGUCUCCCCAAACGAAGCAAAGGCGGUGGCGGCAGAUGGCAAACCCCACAUCAUAAGGCCAAGCUCCAGGCGCUUAAGACCAAGGGUUUGGAAGUGGGAGAUAUGGGUAUAUGGACCACCUGUGUGAAAGGCAAGGAGCAACAGGCCCUAGAAGAAUUGACUGCCCUCUGUGGCGAGUACGUAGAGAGCCUGUACGGCAUCAAGUACGCGAAUCCAGCUGAGGCUUUGGAGGAUGGGGAAGAAGACAAUGACCUAGACAUCGAGUCGUCCAUCAAGAAGGAGGUCCUGGGGAUGGGUGCUAGAGAUGCGCCAAAAGAUUCAACAUUGGAGCCCAUGCGUACAGACCUGGACUGUUUGCUCUUUAUGAAAACGAGGCCGCCUAUCAACCCGGUUAAGCUUGUCCAGCAGAUCUGCAGAGAUGCUCAAGGGGUGAAAGACAAGGGAGACAGGCGAUCUCGAUUUAUCAACAGGUUCACGCCCAUAACGCUGACUGCAAAGGCGACAGAGAUUGGCUUGGAAGAGGUUGCAAGCAAAGUACUAGGCGAACACUUUCAACUUGCCAACAUGGACAACAAGCAGACACAGCAUGGAGACCUUACUACGGGACUAGAAGCAUGCUCGUAUGCAAUUCGCCCUACCUUCAGAGCACAUAACAACCUCAGCCGAGACCAGGUGAUUGAGAAGGUUGCUUCCCUCAUCUCGCCCAGUCAUAAGGUCAAUCUUUCGUCACCUGACAAGGUCAUUCUCAUCGAUAUCUACCAAACCUUUUGCGGGAUGAGCGUCGUUGACAGCGACUGGGACGUCUUGAAGCGGUACAAUCUUCACGAGAUCUAUCUGUCAGCAUCGAAACCUGCAAGUGACGCCCCUCAACAACCGAACAUCUAG